AUGGCCAUGGCUAUGCAAAGUGGAAUCGGGAUCUCCAAGAUCCUAUUCAUUGCCGGAGCCGGUUACACCGGUACCAUCCUCAUCAAAAACGGAAAAUUAUCGGAUAUAAUCGGCGAACUUCAGUCACUGGUGAAGGGAAUGGAGAAGUAUGGCGAUCAGAAUGAUGAUGAUGGGGACAUGAGUGAUGUCAUUGCUGCUCAGGUGCGUCGUUUGGCCAAUGAAGUACGGCAGAUAGCGUCGAACAGGUCAAUCACAGUGCUGAACGGGGGUGGACAAAGUAGCAAUUUAUCAUCUCUUGUGGUUCCAGCUACUGUCUUGGGUGCUGCGGGUUAUGGCUAUAUGAAGUUCAAGGGCCUUUCAUUCUCAGAUCUUAUGUAUGUGACUAAACGUAAUAUGGAAGCUGCUGUUGCCGAUUUGACAAAAAAGCUGCAGCAUGCCUCUGAUGUCAUUGCUGAUGCCAAGAAGCACUUGACCCAGAGAAUUCAAAAUUUGGAUGACAAAAUGCGCAAACAAAAUGAGAAGACACGGCUAAUUCAGGAUGGAGUGUCUGAUGUUCGAAAGACUGUUACUAAUAUACAUGAUGACAUGAGCGACAUGAAACUCAAAGUGGCACAAUUGGAUGGAAGGUUGAAUAAAGUGGGUGAGAAUCAGGAGCUUGCAAAUAUGGGAUUGGACUAUAUUAUUGGGUUUAUACAGGCAAAUACCCGGAGAGUUCCCCACUCUUUACCGGGAACUAUUUCGCAUGAGCAACCAAAACUUCCUUGGAGGUCUCCUGGUAUGCUCACACUUCCAGGAAUUACAUAUCCGGGAACUCCAAAUUUAAUGGGUCUUAAAGACAUUGCAGAAUCAUUGUCUAGUUUAGACAGAUCAGCUUCAGAUACUAUUGGUUUGGAUAGGAUAGAACAGCAGCGAAAGCCUUUGUUGAGGUGUACUUCGACCAAGUGUUGA